AACAUCGACUACGAGCACUUCAAAUCCGACCCGGACACGUUCGACGAGUGCAUCGCUCGACUGAUCACCACUCUGAAGAACAACGGGGUCAUCUCUUUUGCCUUGAUUGCUCCCUUUGACGACCCCGAGGUACAGAGCCAUUACCAGGCUCUGUGGAACAAGUAUGGGAAUGUGAUCGAUUAUGUGAAUUUCCAGUUCUACGCCUACGAACAGGGGACCAGCGUGGACCAGUUUCUGAAGUACUACGAUGAGCAGAGUUCGAAUUACGACGGCGGGAAGGUGUUGGUGAGUUUCAUUAGUGAUGGGAGCGGGGGGUUAUCCCCUGCGGAUGGAUUGUUUAAGGCUUGCGAUAGGCUGAAGAAACGGGGGAAGCUGCAGGGAAUUUUUGCUUGGUCGGCUGAUGAUUCGAAAACUAAUGGGUUACGCUAUGAACGCCAGUCUCAAGCUGUGCUAGCAACGACGCCCAACUAG